AUGACGCUCUGCUGGGACCGGGACACAGUGUGGGUGUGUGGGGAACAGAGGAGCCAGCGAGCCGCGCGAGGACCGGAGCGCAAGGGAAACCAGAAGCGAAACAGACGCGAAUCAGACGCGUGCCACAGGACUCUCGCCUCGGUCCAGCGCGGACUGUGGGAGACCACCGCCAAACUCAGGACCACCACCACCACUACCGCCACUAUCACCAGCACCGUGCGCGACCCUCACCCCCCCACCCCCUCCCCUCCACCUCACCCCCCUCCGUGCGCCCAGUUCAAGUGCGUGGACUGUGGAGAGAGAGAGAGGGAGAGAGGGGGGGGGGACGCGCGUGGCGGCAUGGGCAGGGCAACAAGGCGAUACGGACACACACAUGCACGCGCGCACACGCAUGCACGCUCACAAGCUGUCCCCGUUCAAGUCAAGUUGCCCCCCCCCCCCCUCCGUGUGAAAGGGGAGGGGGGACAGUGCAGCGCCAGUGGUCAUUAUGGAAAAGGAGGCUGGACGCGCGGAGCGGUGGAAGCCAAUGGACUCAGAGAUCAGCGCGAGGGGAGGCGGGAGGGGGGGGGGGGGGGAGGGGAGGAGAGAAGAGCCAAGAGCAGAGGAGAGGAGAGAAGAGCAUCACCGGACCGCAGCAGCGACCGAGAGGCUGCAGGAGGAGAGUCAGAGUCUGAUGUGAACGGGAAACUCACAAACAAGGAACAAAAACACAACAACUCAUCACAACAGACACACAAUAGACACACAACAGACACACGGCAACACAAGAGGAGAAGCAAAGAGGCGAGGAGCGGCAGAGGAGCGAAAGAGGAGCGAAAGAAGAGCGGUGGAUCUCUGAUCAAAGAGCUGCGGACGCGCGGGAAACGAGCGGCAAAGGAGCGCUGUGGUCAGACGCGGACUGUGCAGAGGAGCGUGCCGCCUCAUGACGCUUGUGGACACUGA